CCGAUGAAGCAGCCCAAUGUUGCUUGAUGACUUUGAUUGACCAGUCUGCCUUCAUCAACAUCAGGAGUCACCUCAUCUUCCACGGCAAACCAACGAAGAUGGAGCGCAUACACCUUAAUAUAACAGGAGAGAGAAUGGCCGAGUUGAGGACUUAUAUUCCCGACUUCGAUUUCCAUAAUAGUUAUCAAACGUGUGCAGUGGUUGGGACUUCGCCCAAGUUGUUAGCACAUCAAGAUGGUCAUGCAAUAGAUGCGAAUGAUAUUGUUUUGCGGUUUCACGACACCCCUAUCAAGGUACACAUGAGGAAUUCGAUGAAUACGGGCAUAAUACUUCAAGUUGCAGCGGGACUUUCUCGGCUGAAUCUGGCCUUAAUUACAAUCAGAUGCAUCUUGAAAAACCCCUGUGCGAGUAUGCUUUAGUAGGAAGAAAAGUAACAAAAUCAGGAUGGUCAU